GGCAGUUGAGAGCGAGGGCCGCAGUGAGCAGCACGGCAAAAGCGGAGACAGGCAGGAGAGACCCAGGAAAACGCAACACGUAACAGCGCCGACCAGGUGGAGUGGCGAGAGAGGCAGGACGGGCAGUCAAAGGAUAGGCAUUCAGUGCUGUAUACACAGGGAGCCAACAAAAAUAAAAGAAAAACUAUAACGCCUGCCGCCUGCUUCAGAAGACAUCCCGCACCAUCCCCUGGAACAUGUAGUGGCCGUGCUAGAGCGGCGUUCUGGAUUCUUAUAAUGAUCAUACGCCUGCGGUAUGGAAGACGCCUGCAGACCUAUCUGAAGAUAGGUGCCUGUGUCCUGGUGGGCGUCUGCUACUUUGCCUUCCUCUUCCGCGAGUCCCUCAAUGCCUACGAGCAUCGAGAGCGUGCCACGGCCGCCGAACUGGAGGCAGACGCCGCGGAGCCCUCCAAGCAGCAGCUCAAACUCAAGCGCCAGCAAAUGCAGCGACAAAGACUGCUGGCACAGCAACUGGCAGCGGCACAGGGCAACACUGGGUCCAAUGCCAGCACUGGCACGGCGGCCACCGCUGCUGUAGCUCCACCACCGCCUGCGAGCACACUGAAUCCCGUCUACGAGUACUCCGAGGAGCUGCACAGCAGCACGGAGCGGGAGUUGCAGCGAAGACGCGAACACCUGGCCGCCGUCUGUGAGCGCUACAAGUUGCAGGAAAAGUACCCACCGAAUCCCUGGGAGUUCUUUGUCUCACCGGGCCACAACAAUCUCGUUUGGUGCAAUGUCUUCAAGGCGGCCAGCAGCACGUGGAUGUAUUACUUCAAUAUUCUAGCUGGCUACGAUGUCAAAUAUCUGCAGCGCACAGAGACUCAGCCGCUGGAGCUGGCGCGCAAGCGUUUUCCCCGACCGGAGCUGGCCGAACUGAUGGAACUCCUGCCCAGUGCGUUGUCCUUUCUGUUUGUGCGCGAUCCUUUUGAGCGUAUACUGAGCGCGUACCGCAACAAGCUGGAGGGCAAUCGAAACACCUUCUACAAGGCUUUGGGCACCAAGAUUGUCAAGCGCUUUCGUAACCACAGUCUGGGUGGACCCUGGCCGCGUUGCGGACCCACCUUCGAGGAGUUUGUGCGCUUCCUCAUAGCCGAACGUGACGCCAGCAAGCGUUUCGACGAGCACUGGGCGCCCAUCUACAGCUUCUGUACACCGUGCAGCGUCAACUUUACCAUCAUUGGCAAGACGGAGACGUUCCAGCGCGACUCGGAGUUCAUUAUACGACAGGCGGGCCUGGAGACGCUGCUGCUGGGCCUGGGCAAAUUGCCGCAGCGAAAGCAGCGCAGGAUCGGCAAUCAGGCGCAAAGCGGCAUCAAAUCGGAGGCCGUGGUUGAGCGCUACUUUGCCGAUAUCGAUCGCUCAACGUUGGACCAAUUGCUCAAGAUAUAUCGCAUCGAUUUCGAGCUUUUUGACUACGAUUACCGCAAGUACUACGACAUGGUGCGUCCCUGGAGCCUAGAGCAGAGCACAGCAGGCACGGCAGCAGCUGCAGCUUCCGUUGUGUCUACGAGCACGGCUCUGCCGGCUGCGGCAGCUGGCUCCACGCAAAGCUCAGCGGCGGCGUAGAAUGCAGAAAGCUCAGUAGGAUGUCCCUACCCCUCCCCAAAAUGCGAUGCGUCGUCAAACAAUCUUAUCAUGUACCUUUUUACACACACCGAACAAAAACACUCGAAACGAACCACACAAGCAACCAACCAAAAACAGAACCCAACCGAAGCUAACAAAUCUACCAAAAGUUUAAGGCCAAAAUCAACGUUUUCCAAAAACGCAAAAACAAAAACAAACCAAAGAAACACCAAAACAAACAAACAAAAAAAAC